UUAAAUCGGCAUAUGCUCAGGAAGUGCAUUCUGUAGUUUAGAGUCAGAGAGAGGGGAAGGAAACCCAGGCGCAGACAAAGAGCUUGCUGGAGUUUGUUUACUUCGUCUUCACAUUCGCAUGAGGUGGAUUUUCCAACUGAUGCGUUAGUUUUUUCCUUCAUGCUUUAAAAAAACUGUUGGAUUAUUUCAUUAAAUAGUUUUUUGUCACUUUUGUGAUCAGCUAUUUUGGACACUUUGGAAACUGUGGAUCAUACUGAAUCUGCCAUUUCAUUCCUGCACAAUUAAAGACACUUUGGCAUCAAGUCAUCUUUGGAAGCGGGGAUGUAUUGCCACUACGAUGUAUAAUUCCUCCAGAACACCGAAUCCGUCCGAUGGCUCGAGCGAAGUAAAGGCGACAGAAGGCAGCCGCGGCGGACUUCCAGCAUCCGUCCGUGCUGCGCGACUCCCUGCGCAAACAACAUCCAGUCUGAACGACGGCGGCGAGCAGAGCUCUGCGCAACUGACUUCCAGAGAAGAGCCAAACUUGCCGUCCACAAAAAAACCCAAUUUGUCCUUCCCUCCCCCUCGCCGUCAGUCCAGUGGAUAUUUCUCCAACGAUUCGCUUCCGAGCUCCCCGCUCCUGUCGAAGCCAGCGACGGCUGACAAAGCCACGCAAACACCGAGCCCCACCGGCCAGGUGAUGGGCCACGCCUUGCAGUGCCUUUCUGGGGCCGGCAGAGGACCCAGAAUGUCGCGGACGCACGGAUUGUUUCCCAACCCCUCUAGGAGGCAGCGGGGAAACUUAGUUAGAGCCAUGCAGGAGGAGCAGGCAGAGGCUUUCGGACAACAGCUCCGUUUAAUCGGAGAUGAGUACAAUCGACUACUAAUGCAACGGAGGGUGGCUGCCAGAGAAAGAGAAGAUGUGAUCCCUCUGAACCUCCUGCGGCACAUCAACCAGGAGCCUGUUACAGUGCUCUGCGUGAGCCUAAUGCUCCUCGUAAUCGGACGGAUAAUUUACCUGCAAGGCAGUUCAAACGGCCAAAACCACUCUCAGGUUUAGCUUUUGGAAAACCCAGCAGAAGUAGCAAUUUUUCUUAAAUGUGUUUUGUGAUACGUUUUGAUUUUUUUCUUAGUUUUAGUGUUGGGCAAACUUUUUUGACCUUGAUCCCUCCUGUCACGGACUCUUUGUUUAUAAUGAACUCUAAAAUGCUUGGAUUUUUACUGUUGCACCGCUUUUUUUUCUCUUCAUAUUUACCAAAGAUGCAAGCUUUUGCACUUUUUUCUAGCGCAUGGGUGGUUCAGUCACCCACAAAUGCCAGUGGACACCCCACCUAUGGAAAUGUGCCUUGUACAGUUUUGUGUUUACUUCACACAUUUUUCUAAGGCCUAUCUUUUUUAAUAUUUGGCAAUAAUAGCUGUCAUAAUUGAUCAACUUGUCAGACCCAGGGUUGUUAAAUUACAUGGGUCCAUUGUUUAUUUUGUUUUUCUUAUUAUUUCUGUGAUGCUUUAUGCCAAUGCACACUCUAUAACAUUAUGGGAACCCACUGGACCAACAUUAAAGUAGGGAUCUAACAUUUUUUGUACUAUACCUAGCCCUUUUAAAGAGUACAUCUCCACUUACUCAUGAAUAAGUGUGAACUGACCUCACCCAAAACAAAGUUUCAUUCAUUUUUUAAAUUAGUUUGUCAUCUUUUGUAAAGCAAUUGAAGCAGUUUGCUUGAUAUGCAACAAAAUCAUUUAACAAUUGCACGUUUAGCUGGCCAGCUAAAUGGCAAAUCUAAACCUUUGUUGUUAAAAGUGGAAAAACUUUCAGUCAUUUUCAAAUGUUUCCAGGCUAAAAAAAUACUGCAAAGAAAAGCACGAAACCCUUCCGUAUUUUUUUUAUAACAGCAUACAUUAUCUGUAAUUACAACGAGGCUUGAACUUUUCUACUGCGAAUGAGAUUGUGAAAAGGUCUUCAUAACUGUUACCAAACAACCCAGUUAGCCAAAAAGUCAUGAACUGGUCAUGUAUAUCCUCUUAGAUUUGACAUCAUCCAGGCUUUUUCAAACCGUUUUCGUUUUUUUUCAAGCUUUUCUCAUAUCAGCUCAUUAAAUUUUUUAUAAAAUUUGGCUAAUGGGGGGUAAGACAACUUAUGGUUCAAUGGUCGUCUGUCAUUUAAAGACCACAAUCACUGUUAAAUUUGUACUCUCUAGUUGAUCUCAAAGACAAAAUGCAAAAAGUGCAUCAAAAUCCACCAACUGGAUAAUAGUCUUGGAUAAUAUUUGUCAUCAAAGAAGUGAAAAAAGUUUUGGAACUAUAACGUCAGAAGUUUAUCUCAUCUGAAGAGCCUGUGAGAAAAGCCACAUAACAAGCACAUGGUGAUGUUAUCUGGCUCCAUUUUCGUUUCCAAACCAGCCUCAAUGAGGAAGUGUUGGUGUCAUUCCUUUUUUGUAGUCUUUAGGCUUUGUUAAAUCCUAGAGACUAGACAUCAUAGUCAAGAUAUUUUUUGUUUUAUUAAGAUUUUUGUACACUUGGUGACAAGAUUGUUGCACGUCUGGUGAACAUCUUUUAUUGAUUUAUUUCUGCAGAACUUAAACUUUUGAUUUCCAUUUGGUUGCUCAAAAGUUGGAAAAAUGAAAUGACAAACAUUUUGCUGUACAGAGUCUGUGACCUAACAAACAUCGCUAAUUCAUUCUCACAAAAUAGUCAUUUGUUCCCUCGAAAUAAUUGUGACUUUUUAUUUUCAACCGGAAAUAAACUAUACUAAUUUGUGGGAGCGAUUUAAUUAUUUUUUACCCAUGUCAGGUCACAGUUUUGCUGUUAGAGUAAACACAAUCUGGAGAAUCAACUUUUUAUUGAAAAAUCAUUUAAGUAAAUGCACCUCUUACAAUGUUACCAACUUCAAAAAUCAUCAUGUUAAACCUCUUAGAGCUGGUCUAAGUGGUCCAUAAUUGCAAUGUGCAAUUGUAUAAGUUUAUAUUAAAGUUAUACCAACUGAUUUUGUAAAAUUUUGACAAGUUAUCAAAGGUAUAUUGGAGCUGUUGAUGAUGAAACUCUCAGAUUUUUUUAUUUUAUGUCAUUUUUCUCAGAAUCCACACUUUGAUAUGACACCAUAUUGAAACAACGCAAAAGUUGAAAAAAGUUGAAUAUUUUUGACACUGCGUGUCUUUGGAAAUGCAAAGAGCAAGUCUUCCUUUCCGUUUAGUCUCACUGCUUCUCCUCCACUGUGAGACUAUUCGUGCUGUGACUGCAUCUUAAUUUCUGAUAUUGUGCCAUGUGAAACCUGCAACCUCAUUUUAAAGUACUGUAUUACAGCAGGAGUGUGAGAGGGAGCAUGGCUGUGAGGAAACUGAAAGGUAAAUUACUGUCUUUUGAAACUGAUAUGGAAACUUUGCUAAGUACUGAUUUUCCUCUCUGAUCUCAAGGCGUUUAUGCACAGACACAGCUAUGACAUGCAGGGUUUUAUUGACUUAUCAGCACCUCUGGAGCUGAUUUGCUCUGCUGAUUUCAGGUUGUUCAAUUUAAUAAUUAGUAAAGUUUUCUUUAAAAAAAAUUUUUGUUUUGAUAAAAUGAAAAAAAAAAAAAGCAUUGUAAUUCUUUUAUGUGCCUACGGUUAUACAUAUACUUGAACAGAAGCAUAAGAAAACUAUUUUCUUGUAGUUGUGUUUUAAAUAAUAUCAAUAAAUGCAAUGUUCAACUGUCAAAAGAAGGAAAUAUAAACCGCAAGCAUAAAAACGAAUUACUGCCACAAAUGGAAAUAUCCCUUUUUGUUAUAAUACCAGACCAAAAAAAAAUAAUAAAACGUUUUUGGAGAUUUUUCAAAAAUAUUAAAUGUCAAAAGUGGGAAUGUUGAUAUGUGUUGUGCUUUUACUGAAAUUGCUGUACAAAACUGCAUCUGUAUAUAUCUAACUGUUAAAAGUUAAUAUAGAAAUGAAUUCCAGAUGACCCAGUAAAAUUGUAGCAUUACAAAUUAUUUACUGUUUGAUAGCUGGCAUUGUAAUAAUACACUGAAUUUAUGUAAUUUUCUUGAUUUCAUUGCUUUUAAAUACUGCCUGUAUAUAGCUUUUACAUUUUUUGAUAAUAAAAUGUCCAAAAAACUGUC